AUGGCUGUCGCGGCCACUCUAUCGUCACGUCCUGCGCUGAGGAUAGGAACUGUUAUCGCCGUCGGUAUUUUCUUUGUUGUCGUUCUUUCUACCUUCUUCUUUGACUCUGCGAGAUCACCUGUUCGGUUUGCGCACGACAAGGCUCAACAGUACUGUGGCUCGUCGCAAAUAACUGUUACUUCUUUUGUAUCAUCACCUACUACUCCUACUCCUGCUCCUACACCGGAGGCUACUGGUAACUGCCAAGAUCCCUACCGACGACCGGGAUACCUUUACAUUCCUACCGACAAGAAGGCUUAUAGGGAUACACAAUGGAUCCCAUUCACUGAAGACCUCCUCAACUCUGAGCCGCCAGAGUAUGCUGCUUACCCACCUAAGCACGAGCUUGUCUUCAACGACACCGCCGUCGAACCCGAAUUCCUUAAUGCCGGCAGCAACCCCCAGCAGUGGAUGCGCAUGGCUGUCGUUGAAAGCCGUCGUCGAUACAAAGAAGCCAACGUCCCAGCACGUAACGCCACAGUGGAUCAGUUUGUCAACAUGAAGGAGGACAACGGUCUCGGCUGGCUCUGGGGCCGUCGCGUAGUCAUGUUCGGUGACUCGGUCGAUCGCUACAACACACAGUUCUUCUGCGAAGAGUUCGGUGGGGAGAUCAAUCUCCCAAUCCAGGACGAAACAGCUCGUCAAGCUAAGGGACUCUGCGAGGUACCCGCCUUCAAUUUUACCCUCAUCUACUACCACUCCGCCGGAUCAUUCACAUAUCGUCCUGACUGGUGGUGGAUUGAGAAGAUGAAAGACGUCGCCUGGGAAGAACGCUGGGAUAAGUUCUGGAAACCCCACGAGACACCCAUCAACGGCCCUAGAGGUCACCCCGAUUUGAUUCUCUGGCAGAAUGGACUCUGGGACCAGAAGGCGUUCUGGCUGAGCGGUAAAGCGAUGGAGAAGGAAGCUGGGACGCACAUGACCAAGAGUCACAGGAAGAUGGCUUGGGAGGAAAUCCGAUUCGUCACUGCACGUAUCAAGAUGAUCGCGCAACGUCUGAACAACGAGUUUGGAAAAGACAUACCAAUCAUGUUCCGGUCUUUGACGGUGCAUAAGGAGAGUGGCAUGCAAGAUGCCGUAAUGAUGGAGAUGGACCGUCUAGGAAGAGCGGUCGCCGAGAAAGCAGGCCAUGAGAUGUUUGAGUGGUCCAAGCUGAUCCACCUCCUUGGAGAUUUGUAUCAGGAUGGUUUACAUCCUGGCAAGGGCCCGGCGAGUUGGCUUUGGGGCAAUAUGAUGUUGGAGUCUCUUGUGAGAUCUGCUGGCGCCAAGGUUGGAGGAGAUGCAAGGGCGCCAUACUUUGAUGGGUGGGAGGCAUGCCAUAAAGAAUUAUCUGGGUGGGGAGGACGAUGA